AUGAUGAUGGUUACGGCACAUGCUCAACGAAGUACUAGUUCAGGAAGUAAUAGCAGUACUAGUACUACUACAGGUGGUAGUCGGAGUAGAAGUAGUUCUAGUUUACGUAGUGUUGAAGGUGGUACUGGUGCUCCUGCUGGCAGUGGCGGUGGCGGUGAUUGUAGUGAUAAUGAUGCCUAUCGACAUUCUUCAUCAAGUUCAUCAACUAUUCAAUCGAAAAAUUCAACAGAUCGACAAUUGCCCUAUUCUCGAAUGACAUCGUAUAAUAAAUCGAAUCAUUUAAAGGAUAUUAUGACUAUGAAUUCAUGUAAUCAUUUAUUGACUCCUAGCGGUGGAUCACCUACUGGUACACAUUCUUCUAUCGAUAGUACUCAUGGUGGGGGUGUUGGUAGUACUAGUGGAGGAUCAAGAAAACCAAAAAGAACAGCUGCAUUAGCAGCAUCUAUAGCAACAAGUGUUUCUACAGUGAAAAAACCUCGUCUCUCAUCCUCCUCCUCCUCAUCAUCAUCAAAGCAUCGUAAUGAUACGGGGAAAGGGAAAAAUCGAUAUAAAGAUAAUCCUCAUAAUCAUAAUGCUGAUGAUGUUGAUGAUAAUGAUAUUGGCGAUGAAUCAUCUUCACAUGGUUGUCUAGAUGUUAAAGAGGAAUCAACUGAUCAAGAUGAUGUUAUCUCUAUAAUCAGUGGAAAUUCUUGUGAACAACCUAUGCCUAAUGAACUUUCAGCUGCAUUAGCUGAAGAGAAUUUACAAUUUGAAGAACUUGCUAAACAACUUCCUGGUCCUCCUGAUUUAAAUCGUACAGCCAAUAAAUCAUUACAUUCCACACAUUCAUUGAAUUUUUACAAACGUAGUCAACGUGUUUUUGUCCAGUUGAUUAGUUGUAGUGAUGUUGGCUUAAAACAAGUACCAAAAUGUCGAGCUUGUCGUCAUGCUAGAGUCACCUAUCAUAAUUCACCAUCAAAUUGUAUCAAUGGUGUUGAUGACUCUGAUGAUGACUACUCAGAAAGUAAACAUGCUUUAUUUAAUCAAGAUGUGAAUUCAAGUUCAAAUGAUGAUCAAAAUUCUUAUUCAGAUGAAAGUAGAAAAGUUGGUCAAUUUAAACGACCACCACCAGGACGUUCAUCAUCUUCUUCUGUAUCAGAGAAAAAUCGAAAAAAAGAAAGGACAACAACUGAAAAGUUGUUGAAAGAUAAUAAACGAAAUGUUACACACCAUUCACCAUCACCUGUAUCGGUAUUUUGUCGAUUUUGGGGUUUUAGAAAAUUAUGUUACAAUAAUCGUGGUGUAUUAAAAAUAGCCGAUUUUUGUCGAUCUACCGAAUCGGAUGCUUUAGAACGCUCUCUUUGGGAAAUGUAUCAUCCAGUUUCACCUUUUCUAAGCGCCUAUGCUGCACGUUAUAUAUUAGAAUGUGCUGGAGGUCUUUUCUGUCGUCUACUUCAUCAAGAAUUGACAUCUUUGAAUGGUAAUAAUUCAAAUCAUAUCGAAUUUCAAAAAAUCACCUCAUUAUCAGGUAGAAAUGGAAAAUCCUCUAAUACAAAUGCUGUUAAUAAAAAUGAUGACAAUAAUAAUCAUAAUAAUAAUAAUGGUGGGGGUGAUAAUACUAACUUGAUUGCCUGGAAAAAACCUGUCAAAGGUGUACGCGAAAUGUGUGAUGUCUGUGAUACAACAAUGUUUAAUACACAUUGGGUUUGUGCUAAAUGUGGUUAUUCUGUGUGUACAGAUUGUUUAGACGAGUCUAAACUAACUAAUUCCUCAAUGAAUUCAGAUAGAAAAGUCAAUGAAAAUGGUACAGUAGUGGAGAAAAGCAAAUCAAAACAUUCACGAGGUCGUGGUGGUGGUCCACACGGUUGGGCAUCAUGUACUACAACACGUCAACAUCAUGAUCCAAAUCGUCUUUUAUUAACAUCUUUACUGCCUUCUGGUAUUAUCGGCAGGUUAAUUCAUCGAUUACAUCGUAUUGCUAAUUAUCAUCAAAUUAAUUUAGGCUGUCAUUGUUCUGCUUCCGCUGCUGGUUCUUCUGCCUCUUCGUCAUCAACAUCAUCAUCAGAGAGUAGUGGUGGUGGGGAUGUGUCGUUGAAAUCGACAAAAACGCUGGAUGUUGUUAGAGGAGAUGGGGUAGAUAGAAAUUCACUCGAUUUAUUAGCUGAUAUAGCCUUGAAAACAGAUGAGUCGAAUAGUACUCCUACUGCUACCACUAUUACUAGUACUACAACGACGACGACGACGACUCCAUCAACGACGACUCACAACAGUCCCAACAGUACUACUACUACUACUACUACUACUAAUGACACUGAUGUGAGCACUGCUAAUCGGAUUAUUGAUUCUACUACUCCGCCUAUGAUGGAUAAUGGUGGUAUUAAAUUAGUAAUGAACAAUGAUAAUAAAAAUAAUAAUCAUAAUAAACGCAUAUCAAAUAUCCCAUCGCAUAAUUGGAUACAUUCUCGAAAUUCUACUGGUCAAAAGUCUUGUCAAAAGAUGAAUGAAUUGACCAAUCAUCAUCAUAAUAAUAAUAAUACUAACAGUAUUAGUAACAAUGGAUCAGAUCUACAUAAAGAUUUAGAUGUUGUGAAAAGUUAUCAAACAAAACAAGUUAAUCAUCUUCAUCAUCUUCAGCAGUCGCAUCAACAUCAAAAUCGACAUCCUGCUGUUCUUCGCCUACAUCAUCCGGAUUCACCUGGUGUUUUAUUGCAAUUUCAAUCUGAAUGGCGACAUAAUCAUCCACUUGUUAUCUCUGGUUGUCAACGUAAAUUUAAUCAAGAGUUAUGGACACCACAAAGUUUUUCUGAUGAUUUCGGUGAAUUAAAAACUACUCUAGUUGAUUGUGCUACUGGUGCUGAAAUAACACGUUAUUGUUUAAAAUCAUUUUGGGAUGGUUUUGAACGACAUGAACGUCGAAUCACCAGUAAAGAUGGUCGUGCUUUAUGCUUAAAACUUAAAGAUUGGCCAACUACAGAUGAUUUUGCUGAACUGCAACCAAAACGUUUCUCAGAUUUAAUGUCAAAUUUACCAAUGCCAGAUUAUACACGACGUGAUGGUCAAUUGAAUUUAGCCGCCAGACUGGCAUCAUUUUUUGUCUGUCCUGAUUUAGGGCCUAAAUUGUAUGUAGCCUAUGGGACAGUUGGUUCAAAUGCGGUCAGUACAACUAAUCUACAUGUGGAUAUCGCUGAUGCUGUUAAUGUUAUGCUGUGUGUAGGUCAACCAAUAGAUUCAUCAAAAGAUAUGCUAACAAAUGCUGAAAAUGUGCUGAACACAUUAAAGUGUUCACGUGUGGAUAAUAGUUAUCUUGACAGAACUGUCAGUUGGUUGAAUCGACUUAAAUCCUGUCAUAAUAAUAAUAAUAAUAAUAAUCGAGAAUUUGGAUUCGAUGAUGUUCCUGGAGCAUUAUGGCAUAUUUUUCUGCCUGAAGAUUCCGUUGUACUAAGAGAAUUUCUCUCUAGAGUUAGUGAAGAAGAAACCGGCUCUCCUGUAGAAUCUGGUAGUGAUCCAAUACAUGAUCAAUUAUUUUAUUUGGAUCAAUCAUUAUUGGAUCGAUUAUAUGAUUAUGCAGGAAUUCAACCGUGUACAAUUGUACAAUUUCUUGGUGAUGCUGUAUUCAUUCCAGCUGGUGCUGCUCAUCAGGUUCGUAAUUUAAACAGUUGUAUUAAAACAGCUGUGGAUUUUGUUUCACCUGAACACCUACCACAAUGUUUCCAGCUGUUAGAAGAAUUUCGUCAAUUAUCACCAAAUCAUUUAAAUCGUGAAGAUAAAUUACAAAUUAAAAAUAUGCUAUUUCAUGGAAUUAAAGAUGCUUUGUCAGUUCUGUUGACUACUAAUAGUAAUAGUAAUGGUUCCAAUGAAAAUGAAGUCAAAUGUUAUAAGUCGUUAACAAUGGAUUCAGAGCAUAAAUUAUCUCAGUGUACUACUACAAAGAUAGAUGGUAUCGACCACCGACAAGAUAACGUUGAUAAUAGGCCACUCCCAUCGUCGGACAUGUCGGAUAUAAAGGUGAAUAUCAAAUCAGAAUACCUACAUAAUAAUAAUAAUAACAAUAAUGGUAAUAGUAAUACAAAUGUUAUGAAGUCGAGUAAUCAUAAUUCAAGAAAUGGAGGUAAUAAUGGUGGAGGACGGACUAGAGGUCGACCUGGGGGUGGUGGUGCUGCCGCUGCUGCUGGUGGGGGUAGAUCAAAAGCACCAUCAUCAUCAUCCGAUUUAAUCAAUCCUCCCCUUGCUCCUCCCCCUCCCUCUGCUCCGCAUCUUCAUCCUCAAUCGUUCACCUCAUCGUCGGUUUCAUCAAUGUCAUCUUCCUGUAGUUCCAUAUCGAAUGCAUUUUCCAGUGUUUUUACUCCUGGUAUUGACAACAGUCUCCUUACAAAUUCUUUGAAUAUACCUUCAAGAGAUUCUAUGUGUACAGCAUCGUCACCGGCAUCAUUGUCUUCGUCGUCAGAGAAAAUAAUGAAGAGUGGUGAUAUUAUAAAACCAAAUAAUAAUAAUAAUCUUAUGAUUACUACUCAUCCUAGUAAUAAUUAUGAUUGUGAUCGUAUUCCGCCUAUCACCACCACCACCACCAACAUUAGUUCUUCAACGUGUUCCCCUUCCCCGUCAACUACUACACUUUCAUCUAGUCCAGAUAUUCUGCAUAUUCCAGCAUCAUCAUCGUGCUUCACAUCAUCAUCAUCAUCAUCAUUGUUACCAUCGUUAUCCUGUGGAUCGUUAUCCUGUCAACAUCAUCUACAGCAUCAACAACAUCCUCAUCAUUGUCAACAACCUCAACAUCAAAAUGGUUGUACUGGCCAUUUUUCAUAA